GUUGACAUCGCUCAACGUUGUGCAAUACAAUGUAUAAAACCUCCCUUACCUAUGAAUUGACUGUUAUCUAAUACCCUGUCUGCUAAGUCGCAUUGGAUCGUACAGCGGCUCAUUUGAGUUUUCUUCGAUUUUUCAAAAUGGCAGAAAAAGGUAAGAAGAAAAAUUUCAAAACAAUUCCAAAGAGUGAGAGUGAACUAAAUGAUUGUAAAAAACCAUCUAUGAAAACAGCAAGCGAUGUUAUUUCAAGAUUGUUAUGGGAUGGAUCACUUCCUCAAGACAAGUUUUAUGUUGGCUAUUUGGACAGAUUUGAUGGAAUAGUUGAAAAACCCUUUUCUGCUCUUGAUUGGAGAGAUCCUUCUAUUGUUGAUAAUCAUACACUGGCAUUACCAAAACAUAGAAUUCAGUAUUUUAAGUAUCUUACUAGAAAAGUUUGGGAUAAAAGGAGAAGAUUAGAUAUAAUAUUUGGAUCAACUGGAUUUCCAUUAAGUAUUCAUGACUUCAUUUCGAAAGUUGAUAAUGAUAUUCUGAACUUCCGUGAUGAAAAUUUUGAUGAUGAUGAUCCAUCUGUACCAAAAAGAGCUGUUGGAAAUUACUCAGAAGAAAUUAUUAAUGAUGAAGAGGUUGAUAUGUCGGAUAGACCAAAUUUCUUCAUAGCUGCCAGAAUACAAAAUGAAGAUACUGUUGAAAAAUUGAGAGAAGUAUCAGAUUACAUCAAAGCAAGAGAUGAUCUUUUAGGUGAAUGUUGUAUUCCUCCUGAAAUGUUACAUAUGACUUUUUCUAUUUUAAAACUUGACUCCCCUGCAGAUGUUUGUGAUGCUAUAGCUGCUUUGCAGGCUGUGGCUGCACAAAAUCUGCCCGAAGUAACUCUUAAUCUUGAAGGUUUGGAUAAUUUUUAUCAUAGAGUUUUAUAUUCAAGAGUAGAAGAGAAUGAUAAUUUAACGAAAUUAAGAGACUGUUUAGUUAAUGAACUAAUAGCUAGAAACUGUACUAUCACAGAUAGGUAUUCUUUUGUUCCUCAUGUAACUAUUGCAAAGUUAUCUCGGCCUGUUACUCGACAGCGAAAUAGUAAAUAUAUAGAUCAGUAUUUGUAUCUCAAAUUUGAAGAUGAUGAAUUUGGUACUGAAAAAAUUAAUAGUCUUUAUUUAUGUGAAAUGGGUGCUGCUCGAAGGGAAGAUGGUUUUUAUAAAUGUGCUUAUGAAAUUUCAUUGAAUAAGAUGGUUGAUGUGUCUUAGAUUGUGUUUGUGAAAUUCAGGUACUUUUCCGUUUCGGAGGUCCGUAAAAAAAUCAUCAAACUGUUGGCGAUUUUUUUUUUUGUUGGUGAUUUGGCGAAAAUAAUUUAACUGUCACCAAUCUCCCUCAGAAAUUGAAAAGUACUGGAAUUUGUUAUUUAAGAAUUAAAUCAUUAUUUAAUUUAUUCUGAUACUUAUAUGAUAAUGAUACAAAUUUAUUAUGAAAUAUCUUUUUUAUUUUACCUUAAUUCUAUUACUUUAUAUGAAUUUAAAGUUAUACAGCUCUUAUUAGAAAACUUGUCCAGAAUUAUUGGUUAUUAACUUAGCUUAUAAUUAAUGCUUUCUUGUUGUAAAUUUUGUAAUUUUAUUACUUUUUCCACUUUUUAAAUUUUUAUUUAUUUUGAUAUUUUUACAUUCUGUAAAAUAUUUUUAAUUAAAAUUAUUUUUUCCCAGAAUAAUUAUUUGAACUGUUUUUUCUUUUUUGAAAUGGUGGCAUUAUCAAAUCUUUUUUCCUGGUGAUGGCAUUUGGCAUCUCUGGAAACUGUUUAUACUAAUCUACAGACAUGUGUUUCUGAAUGGCAAAAUGAUGUGGAUAUAAAUAUCAGUAAAGAUAGAAGA